AUGUUCCGCAGGCUGGGCUGGCUGGUCCUGUACAGCCUGGCUGUGCUGCUGCCCAGCUGCCUGCUCUUCCUCAAGAAGGAGGCCAAGCCGGCAGGGGCCCCCACAGCCCGCCAGCCCUUCUGGGCUCCCCCGGGGCCCCGCCGGAGCCACUGUCCACCCAACCGCACGGUGGCCAACGCCUCCCUGUCCCUGCCUAGCCGGCACCGCCUCUUCCUGACCUAUCGCCACUGCCGCAACUUCUCCAUUCUGCUGGAACCGUCAGGCUGUGCCGAGGACGUCUUUCUGCUCCUGGCCAUCAAGUCGCAGCCGGGCCACGUGGAGCGGCGCGCGGCCAUCCGCAGCACGUGGGGCCGGGUGGGCGCCUGGGCGCGGGGCCGGCAGCUGAAGCUGGUGUUCCUCCUCGGGCUGGCGGGGCCGGCGCCCCCCGCCCAGCUGCUGGCCUACGAGAGCCGGGAGUUUGACGACAUCCUGCAGUGGGACUUCACGGAGGACUUCUUCAACCUGACGCUCAAGGAGCUGCACCUGCAGCGCUGGGUGGCGGCCACCUGUCCCCAGGCCCGCUUCGUGCUGAAGGGAGACGACGAUGUCUUUGUCCACGUGCCCAACGUCCUGGAGUUCCUGGAGGGCUGGGACCCGGCCCAGGACCUCUUGGUGGGAGAUGUCAUCCGCCAGGCUCUGCCCAACAGGAACACCAAGGUCAAGUACUUCAUCCCUCCCUCCAUGUACAGGGCCCGCCACUACCCGCCCUACGCGGGGGGCGGAGGGUACGUCAUGUCCAGGGCCACCGUGCGGCGCCUCCGCGCGGCCGUGGAGGCGGCCGAGCUCUUCCCCAUCGACGACGUCUUUGUGGGCAUGUGCCUGCGGCGCCUGGGGCUCAGCCCCCUGCACCACGCUGGCUUCAAGACCUUUGGAAUCCGGCGGCCCCUGAACCCCCUGGACCCCUGCCUGUUCAGAGGGCUCCUCCUGGUGCACCGGCUCAGCCCCCUGGAGAUGUGGACCAUGUGGGCACUGGUCACAGACGAGAGGCUCAAGUGCGCUGCCGGCCCCUUGUCCCGGCUCUAA